ACAACCCAAAUCAACGGUUGCCCAGGUGCCUUAGAAAGCAUACUUGCACACUCGAUGCCAAUGGCUCCGGGCAUCACCUGGAAACCCGCGAUACUUGCUCCUUGUGAUGAUACGAGCCUUCACAGAACACUUGAACCCAAUUUUUCGAUGACUCACCUCCUUUCUAGAAGAUCUUCAGGAUUGACCGAUGUGUGCCGAACCCUCACCGUGGUCAUUGAGCUACUUGCGAUCGAUCGGAAGACGAAGUCUGCCACCACCUUUCACAAGUACCUGAGAAUCCGGUCCAUGUUGUCUACUCAGUAACCCCGUCGACUCGUAGUCCUCUAAGGCCUGACUGAGCCUACUCGUUGCAAGAAGAGCAAAGUAGUCGUGGUGCGUACGUCACCUGCUGGCCACAUCAUCACAUUAGAGGAAGCAUGAGUGCACCCUCUCUAUCACAUCACGAGAGUCGUCUUCAGCUCGCCCAGGUUCUCGACGACCCGGAUCAACCCACCACAUCGAAGGGCGGUUGUUCGAAUACCGACACAUUACCAGAGAGUGGAAUAUUCCGAGAGUCCAAGCCUCCGACAACUGCAGGUACACGUUUGCAGCAGACAAGCACCAAGAGCGUCGCUCCCAUCACAUGUGUGCCGCCUCAUCUCAGGGCAAGAUUAAAUCAAUCUCCGCAUAUUUUGAAACAUCAAGCACAUGGAAAGACCACACCGGAUCAGGAGGUCGUUGGCAGCAACGAAUUCAAAGGUUCCGACGCAUCUGCCUGCGUCGCUGCUUCGGGUACGACCAACAUGGCACCUGCUAUUGAGCCUGAUGCGAAAGAUUACAUCUCGAAAUCAUCAUCGGCCUUCGCAAAGGACAGUGUCAUAGAACGACAGCAAGCAAAACCAGACACUUCUGCUAUUGAGCCAAAUCCUUCGACGGAGGAAGUUACGAGGCCAAAUAAUCCUCUCAAUCGGAGGCCAAAGGUUCAAAGCUCGGCCACUCGCUCGACAUCUAAGAAUGCGACUGAUAACAUUGCCCGUCGCCCUUCGAAACGUUCAAAAGAUCCCACUCGCUCGCCAAGAAUGAAAAUUCCCAACCAGCCUGCGAACCUGCAACCGCCGUAUCCUUCCACUCAGAGGCAUAACCCCCAAAACGCCGCACAAUUGCAGUUUGGUAGUCCCAAGCAGCAAGUUCAUUCCAUCGGUUCGGCACACAGGAAAACGUCCGAGAAGAAAAGCGCAAGGCGCCAGUUGGGAUGGGCCACCAAGGCCGACUUUCCCUCGCCCGAAACAGACGACGGGAACACGUGGCGAGCUCCUGCGUGCCGCUCCCUAUCACCGCCAUGGACGCCGCGAGCGAUUCCGGGCGAUAGUGAAGACGGCGGAGGCUUGAAAGGUUGGAGUGGCGAAUGGACGCCGCGAGCAAGUCCAGGCAAUAGCGAAGACGGCGGGGGCUUGAAGGGCUGGAAUGGCGAAUGGGCUCCUGCACCUACUGAAUGGGACAAGCGACCUGCCUUCACAAGUAAGCAGUCUUCCACAACAAUUCAAGAUUGGCUCUCUAGCAUAAACAAGGCGAUGGAGGGUAUUCCUCAGCACAGUCCAAUCCCUCCCAAAGUGUAUUUGGGCGGUAAGACUUAUGUCUUCAACGGAUCCAAAAACGAAUCCAGUAAGCUUUGUCCUAUGGGCGACAUUACUCCAGUCUACUGGAUACCUAGCACCAUCGAAGACAAACAGCCGUUGCCGUUUAUUCGUCAAUUCAGGGUGACGUUUCGUCCAUUUCGUGGAGACUGUCAAGACUGGGACAAGGACGACGAUGGCGACGGUCUGUGGUGGCAUCAUCGCGUUGAAGGAGGCUUUUUCAUACCCGACAAUGUGCGCCAGCCAGAGAUCGUCGGUCCGGAUCCAGAUGAAUCAUUCACGGAUGUCCUCGCACGCGAGAAUGACUUCGGUAGUGCGCGGCAUGCAAAGAACCGGGUACGAAAAGAACGAGCGCUUCGCGAACAGAGUAUUGAAGCCGAAAUUCGAGCCGCUACACGUAUGAACCGACUUCUUCCAGCUACAACGACAGAGACGAGACGAGACGGCGCUCAUGAACAGCCAAUCUAUCAGCAUGAGAAAAGCCCGAGCUUGCGAUUCGCCAAACUUGCCGACGCAGCCUGCCUUCUAGCAUUGUAUAAUCAUUGCAUUCUGAAUACAUGUCAAACCUCAGAAGCUUCGCCCUGCCUCCAAAAGGAUAUCUUCGAGCGAGUUCGAAGCGCACAGGUCUCAAAGCUACCGUUUCUCAUUGCAUAUGAACCUGGACACUUAGUAAAGGCCUCAAAGAGCCACAAAGCUCGACACGGUGGUCACGUCGAGGACCGACAGAUGCCAGACGUAAUUCUCGGCUUUGCUGAUGUACAGAAAUACGAUCAAAAAUAUACAUCGUCUCAGUUCGCCUCUACUGUCGGCAUUCAGGUGUUCACUCACCGUGGUCACUUGAGACAAGGCAUCGCGACUUGCCUUCUCGACAAGUUGAUAUCCAUACUCGACGCGGACUAUCUUGAGCAGUAUAGCAACCGGUAUAUAGUUCAUGAUGCCGAGUUAAUAGCACGCGCGCCACCACGGCCCAUCACGAACAUCCUCAUGCACGUCCCGUACCACCGCUAUGACGAAAUGACAUGGCUGUGGCAAUGGUUGAAUAAUCAAUUUGGAUUCCGGGAGUGUGGCAAUUUGCAGGAGAUUGGAUGUAAGUCGGACAAGCCUGUGAGUUUGGCAAUCUUCCAAAGAAGAACCAGUCGGCCCCACGAAAAUGUCCCGUGUCCAGAGACGCCAACGCCAACGCCGACGCCUGCGAAGUCGGCACAUGAGAAGUUCAAGGGCGAAGAUGCGCGGAGCACAAGAUCUUCUCGAGGCAAGCGCCGUCGUAGGAAGAGAGACGUUCCCAGAAGUACCGCUAACAGCGAGACCAAAGAUCAACCAGAGAUUCCCAAAGAUGCCGAGCCGGGAAAGCAUCAUUCAACGACACCUCAGCAAGGCAACGAGGUCCAGACACAUCCCCAAGAUGCCAAGAUCCAAGCUCCUCAGCAAGCUACCAAGGUUCAGGACCAUCCGCGGGAGAUCAAGGUCCAGGCACAUCCACAAUAUACCAAGGCCCCGGGUACAGUGGAGGUGAGUACGUGGUGAAAUGGUAGUUUGUCUUUAUUUCAUCGGCAAGGGUUCCGGAUGUCACAGGCGAUUACAGCAGAUGAAAAUUUUGUACUCUACUCAAUGCAAGUUAGUUCUCUUGGAUUUGUUCUUUCGCCAUGCUUUCAGUACCUGGAUGAAUAGCUUGAUACUGU